CAUGACGGUCGACGGGACAGUUUGGACCAAAAACCAACUGACGGGCAGUUCAUAAAUACGACAGACAAAGGUAAUUCCCCCAAUGUAUAUGUCAGGCUGACGUUGUUUCAGUCUCCGCGUUUUAAGUGUAUUGUUCUGCUUGUUGAAGCACUUUCCUGACAUUUGCGCGUAUGUUGUUUACUAAAUGUAUCAUUGUUUACUGUAUGACAGCUGAUGUCGCUACUACGAGCUUCACGUGAUAAGCCCAACUGUACAAGUAAAAUCGCUGAAACUAACAUUUCCGAGGAGUCCAGUCAUGACUUGUGUGGCCUGUUUUAUGUUGUAGCACAUGUAUAUUUAUUUUAGAAUACUGGUUUGAGAUUUGCACGAAAACCUGGUGCGAUUCCAUGAAUACCGACAUUAUAGAGGGUUACCUGAAUUACACGCUGCCUGUUGUGUUAGUGUUUAUUCCGUAGACGUUGGAUUUAAAUGUCAUACUUUAUAAAUGGAAGUUUGGUGUUUACAAAAGGACCCAAUACUGAAACACUGCAUGAUAAGUAAUCAACAGUUGGGUAUUUUGCCGGAGCCUUAGUCACUGAAGGCCUCACUAUUCAUUGCAACAAGCACAUCAAGUCUCAUAUAGAGUGACAGGUGUGUGUGUGUGUGAGAGUGUGUGUGUGUGAGAGGGGGAAGCAGGGGGCGACUGCCGAGAUCAAGUGUCCUUGCCGCAACCCGUCAUAAAAAUAGUCAAAGGAAGAUCAGCGUAAUUUAGUGAGACUGCUCUGAGAAACAAACUAUCUAAAAAUCUGUUGAAGCCUGUUUGUGGUUUAGUUUGCCCUCCUUUCCUUUCAUGCUUUAAAGCUUGUGUGAUUACACAGAGUUUACAUACCAGCAGCGUAAUCCAGAGUCGGGAAUAAUGAUUAACAAUGAGCUUCAGUGAUAGAUUCUGUCAUUUUGCAACACUACAUUAAAUGCUAUACUUAUUUUCUAGCUCAGUCUGUCUUGAUGUGCUGUGACUUGUUUUCAUCUUCUCAUGUGGGCUUAUGAGGGGAGAAGAGGCUCCGUUAAGGUCCGACAGCCAUUUGAACUAAUCACUGUCCUGGGCUGUGUUCUUCAUUGAUGUGCUAUAAUGAAUAAUUUCAGUAUGAUCUGUAUUACAGGCAGUCCAGAGAAAUGUCUUUUAUUUUGAAUUGGAUCUACAAGAGCUUCAGCAGUGUCUUGCAACUAUUAGGGUUGUACAAGAAGAGUGGCAAGCUAGUGUUCCUCGGACUAGACAAUGCUGGAAAAACUACACUCCUGCACAUGCUCAGAGACGACCGGCUGGGACAACACGUGCCAACGCUGCAUCCAACAUCCGAGGAGCUGACCAUAGCUGGGAUGACUUUUACAACGUUUGACCUGGGAGGUCAUGUACAAGCACGAAGGAUCUGGAAGAACUACCUCCCGGCCAUAAACGGUGUAGUCUACAUGGUGGAUUCUGCAGACCAUGAGCGACUAGCAGAGGCUAAAGUUGAACUGGAUGCCCUGUUGACGGAUGAAACCAUCUCAAACGUCCCGGUUCUCAUCCUGGGGAAUAAGAUAGACCGCCCCGAGGCCAUCAGCGAGGAUGGGCUCAGAGGAAUCUUUGGCCUUCAUGGACAGACAACUGGAAAGGGCAAAGUGUCACUGAAGGAGCUGAAUUUGAGGCCAAUGGAGGUUUACAUGUGUAGUGUGCUGAAGAGACAAGGAUAUGGAGAUGGUUUCCGCUGGCUAUCCCAGUACAUUGACUGAUUCAUGCUCUUUUAACAAACCCCAUUCACCAUGCUACCUGCACACAGAAAGACAUGUUCCACUAAAAAAAAAACACCUGCCAUGGAGAUAUUUUGUUACCUACACCAUAUUUAGGGCUUGAACUGUGCCAGUAGGAAAUGUGUUAAGAGUGUUUUGUGUUAAUAUACUUUGUAUUCUUCAUGAGUUCAAAGAAAUCUAUAUCAAUCAUACCACGGCGAGUCAAAGAGUAAGUAAUGAAUCAUCCAUCUGUAUUGUUCAGAUUGAGUGUGGAGAAUAAUCUUCAUGGUGUGGGUUCUACCUUUACUCAAAGCCUGUAGAGAAUUCUGUCUACCAUAUAGAACAUGUCGUCGCUGUGAACCAGUUUCUGACCCGGGUUUAUUUUUAGCUGCUGGUGUAGACUUACAGUGAAGGUCAAUUUGGUUAACAUUUUGAGUUUGAGGUUACUUUGAUUGAGAGUGAAUAUUAUAAUUAUAUCUUUAUGUUUACCCUACUUAUUUCAAACUAAUGGGAAUCUUGAAGAACCAUAAGAUUUUUCAUCCAAGAAAACAGGUUUUCUGGAAAGUGCUGCAGAGAUUUGGUGCCAUAUUUGUUAUUAAGAAAAGUGUUAAGACAGGAGCCUGCUACCUCCAAGGAUACGGACAGUUCUACUUAUUUCAUGUUUUUUCUAAUUGUUUAAGGGUUUACAACUGGAGGCCAAUUAUAUGAAUGUGACCACAAGUGCAUUAACUGACAUUUUGCUGUGUUGAGCUUUAUUUGAUAGCACAGAACAGUGUCUAAUAAUUGCAGUAUAUGUAAACUGCAUAAGCACAGCCAGGUGAUGUGGUGGAUGCCAAACUACUGGUUUUCAUGAUAGUUUAUUGCUGUGAAACAACUCGAGUACUUUGUGACUAGUGGCUGCUCAAAACAUGCAGUGAUAUUAUGAGAGUACUUGGGUGGUGCAUGCAAAAGAUAUGCAUGAAAUUACCUCUUAGUGCAAUAUUAUACAUUAUUUUGUAUAUAAGCUCUUAUUUAUAUUUUGCAAUAAAAAUGUGGCCUAUCUUAUAUUACAUCAAGCCUUGAGCUCUGACGUAAUGUGCCCGUUACAAAAGGCAGGUCAUAUUGUUAUUUAAUGUGUGAAGUUUGAGCCUAAUAAAUAUUUUUGACAAUCC